GUUGGACAAACCACAUUGUUCUCUGGCUGGUUGACACCCAGCAUGCCUAUAUUGGUGAAAUGACGGUUUCCUGACUGACUAAACAAAGUCCUAAUUCCUUGUGGUCGCGUGCAAGAUGUACGUAGUAAAACCAGUCUCAUGGUUCAAGCGUCUUCACCCUCGUCCUUCCUACUCCCACUUGCUUCAAGUAUGUUGGGCAGCCGAGCGGCACGCUGUCUGUGGGAGGUAAAUGUACAAUAUGGACCUACUCUAUCGUCACACCAGCGGUGUUGCGUUGCGUUGCAUGUGCUCCGUCCAUCCACAUCCGCAUCCACUGGACGGGGGGCUCCAGGAGAGUUGACGCUGUGUGUGGUGUCGUGGUGGAUCGUUACGGUUCCUGUCGUCUCCUGCUCGGGCGCAUCUUGGGUUAACUCUGGUGUUUGUCAUCGGACCAUCAGUGGAUAUGGACGGAGGUGUUACACAACAUACACGUGUUUGCUGUUUAUGGGAGGGAGGUCUUUUGGGGGGGUUUAUAUCAACAGGUUAUGGCCGUUGGACCGCCCUGGUCAGACCGAAUCUGUGAGCUGCACAGGACUCGGGUGAGAUGACAAGUGCGAGGGAAAUGGAUUCGAUCGGUAUGACAGUUUUCGUUACCCUCUUUUGUCUAUGCUGAUCAUAUGAGGCAGGAUCAAGGGCGUGGUACGUAACAUCCUAGGCCGAAUGCCCGAGGAUACGCACUAUUUACAUUGUCGCAGAUUUGUAUGUUUUCGGUACCUGUCCAUAUUUCAAGUGGAAGUGUGUGCUCUGAUCGAGUUAGCAAACGGUCAGCGGGGACAUCUUCCAAC